AGAAUCACGUGUGAAACAAGUUUCUAAGAAAAAAAGUUUGACAAGUCUACAGUGCAGGCAGUUGAAGACCACCCCCCGAAAAGAGUAGUAAAAUCAAAAGAAGGUUUACUACCGUGGUUAAACUUCAACAGCAACAGCAAAAUGGAGGGGAUUACUCAGAAAGUCAUGACAGCCUUCAGUCUUGAUAUUGGACCUUUGAAGGAACCACUGGGGUUUAUUCGAGUUCUCGAGACGAUUUUUUCCAUAUUUGCAUUUGCAACGACUGGCGGCUAUUCUGGAGAGUCCAGCAUUAAUGUGAAGUGCCCAGGGGACACCGUGGGGAAGGAGGUUGUCGCCAAAUUUGCCUACCCCUUCAGGCUGAUGAGCCAGCCAUACUCUGUCCCAUCCUGCUCGAAUGCCACUGCCACCGCCGACAUUCAAUAUUACCUGACAGGAAACUACUCCUCCUCUGCUGAGUUCUUUGUCUGCAUUGGAGUAUUUGCCUUCCUCUACAGUGUAGCUUCCCUGGUCAUCUACCUUGGCUAUCAGCAGCUGUAUAGAGAGACAAGCCGUGGCCCAAUUGUGGACUUGCUGGUGACUGGUGCAUUUGCUUUCCUGUGGCUGGUGUGUUCUUCUGCUUGGGGCAAGGGCCUCACUGAUGUCAAGUAUGCCACCAGUCCGUCUACUCUGGUCAACGUCCCCACUGUAUGCAAGACAGGUGCCUCCUGUAUACAAGGUGCCAUCCCCCACAUGGGACGCCUCAAUGCCUCAGUGACCUUUGGCUUUCUUAACCUCAUCCUAUGGGCUGGAAACUGCUGGUUCAUCUUCAAAGAAACACCCUUCCACAAGCCAACUGCAGCGCCCCCUGCUGCUGACCCAGAGGCAGGAGAGCAACCUUUCCCUGGACGGUAGAAAUAUUUAUUAUGUCAGGUGAAAUAAAAUGGCUUAUAUUGGCAAUACCUAUCAAUUUUAUGUCAGAUGUGAGAACGUUCUGUCGAAGGACUUGUUGUUAGAUUGGUUUCCUGAACGUACUUAAAGUUAAAAUGUCAGAUUCAAGCAAAAAUGUUUUUGCUUUAAAGUGAUUUUUUUUAAAAACAAGUCACUCCGAUAUACACCUCGUUUUUUUGUUCUUCACAUGCUAUUUUGUGUGUCACUUUGGUGAAUUGGCAUAUUAAAAAGCUGAACUGUAUUGUAUGCAAAAUGUCCGUUAUUGUCAUCUCACAUCUGUCAUCUGUAAAAAAAAAUGGGUUUUAUUUUCGAUAGAAACUCUGUUACGAUCUCAGAUUGUCAUCACACUACAUUAUACAGUAUAUUGUGUUUGUAGACUAGUAAUACAUUUGGAUUGUGCUGAAGUAAAGUUAUGUUAUUCUAAAACGUAGACAGUGAUUGCCUUAUUUUUUUUACUGUUUAUGCUCUCGGCACUUAUUCGUGAAGACGGGCAGAGGGGUGUUUAAUUAGGUUUUUUUUUUUUAUCUGUUUUGGUUAUGUGUUAUUAACAUUUUGCUGAAAAUUAACAUGGAUUUCUAAUAAAAGCGUUAAAAUGAAAGCACUGCUUUUUUGCUUGUGAAGACUUUGCAGAACUGCAAUAUUACGUUGUCUUGUAACAUUGUUAUCAAGUUGCAUUGUAUAUUGUGCAUUGUUGACAUUGCUAUUAUGUAAUAAUAAAUAAUGUUAACAUUGA